CGCCGCCAGCCCGCCUCGCCCCUCACACGCUCGCACACCGCGCACCCCGCCCGGCCGCUCCCGGGCCGCCCGCCCAUGGCUGACAGGAGCCUGAUCGAGGGCGCCGAGCCCCUGCCGCGCCGGGAGGAGCCUCCGGAGUGGGGCUACGAGGAAGGAGUGGAGUGGGGGCUGAUUUUCCCCGAUGCUAACGGGGAGUACCAGUCGCCCAUUAACUUGAACUCGAGAGAAGCUAAAUAUGAUCCCUCGCUCCUGGAAGUGCGUUUGUCACCGAACUACGUGGUGUGUCGUGACUGUGAGGUGAUCAACGACGGGCAUUCGAUUCAGAUUGCCCUGAAGUCAAAAUCAGUGUUAAUAGGGGGGCCAUUACCUCGGGGACACGAGUUUGAACUACACGAUGUUCGAUUUCACUGGGGGAGAGAAAACCAGCGUGGGUCUGAACACACAGUUAAUUUUAAGGCCUUUCCCAUGGAGCUUCAUCUAAUGCACUGGAACUCCACACUGUACAGCAGCAUUGAUGAGGCAGUAGGGAAGAAGCACGGCAUAGCUAUUAUUGCUUUGUUUGUGCAGAUAGGAAAAGAGCAUGUGGGCCUGAAGGCUGUCACUGAAAUUCUUCAGGACAUCCAGUACAAGGGAAAGUCCAAAACAAUACCCUGUUUUAAUCCCAACUCUUUAUUGCCAGAUCCUCUUCUGCGUGACUACUGGGUGUAUGAGGGCUCUCUAACCAUUCCACCCUGCAGUGAAGGUGUCACCUGGAUAUUGUUUCGCUACCCUCUGACUGUGUCCCAAGUGCAGAUAGAGGAAUUUCGAAGACUGAGGACUCAUGUUAAAGGUGCUGAACUUUUAGAGGGCUCUGAUGGAAUCCUGGGAGAUAACUUCAGACCAACUCAGCCACUUAGUGAUAGAGUCAUCAGGGCUGCAUUUCAGUAGCAGAGGAGGAAGAACAAUAAUAAAUCUUUGGGCAGAGAGGGGGAAGACAAUGCUCCCACAGUGCCUGCAGAUGAGAAAUGGAAACUUUUGAGGCUGCUGCUUCAGUUGAACCACAAAGCCUGUAUUGUUUGUCUUCAUCUAAUUCAGCCUUGAUAGACAGCUGUGACAGUUGGUCUGUCCACAUGGUCCAGUGAAAUUCUGGGAAUGGGGCUGUACAUUAAAAGAAGAAAACAUAUUAAAUCUUCCAAUUCAUACUGUUAACUAUUUUUAAAUUGUCGUUAUCAUUGCUUUUAUAGCUACUUUGCCAUAGCAUUCAGUAGUCAUCUGUGAUCCAAAUAGUACUGAUUUUAAGCUUGCUAUGAAUGCUAAUAUGUAGAAAUACUCAUUAUUGUUUUGAAUGUUCGAUUUAAUUUUAUUCCAUAUCGUUUCUUGUGCUGUCAGUAGCCAUAUUUUCUGUAGAGAGGAGAUACAUUCUACAAAGAUAAUAAAAACAUUGUUUGUUCACAAAGAGUAUUAUACAAAUUUAGAAUUAAUUUUUUGGCAGAAAGGAGCACUUCUCUGCCAAACAUAUGCAAUUGACAUGGUUUAUCUGAAUAAAGCUGAGUGACACUUGCAUUACUAGGAACCUUACUGAAAUAACAGUUCCUGGUACUGAAAUAAAAUUCCUUAGUUUGGAACUAGGGAAAACUAACCAAUAUAAAAAUAAACAGAAUUGUCUGGAUUAUUUUCUACUUGAUGAGCCAUGGAACUUUGAGAAAAAGUGCUCAAUUCAGGCAGAAAAUUAUCAGCCUUUGUUCUCCUGUGAAUUAUGACAGUUCCAUUUGUUCUGUACAUUGCUUGAGGAUGGUGGUCUGGGGCCCUACUCUGCAUGUCCUGAGCUCACUGCACAGCAUGGGGAUUGCCACUCUGGGCCACACAUGGCUUAUCUGACAGAAGAUAAGGCAAGGGUGGUGUGAACCAGCUAGUCAGYCUCAUAGCUUCUAAUUCCUGAGAAAUGCCAACAUCUGAAGGACAGAGUUAAUGUGGGAGGCAAUAGCUUUGAUCAUUGUAGCUAUUAGUGAGGUCCACUGCCCUGGCAUGAGGGGACAGAUUUGAGCAGGCACCUGUGUCAGUGCGAGGCACAGAUGGCAAAUUCUGGGCUGGGGCACAAUGAAGAUGCAAACUGAGGGAUCACAAAGUGGAGGCCAUUCCCUUGGGACAGAUUGGUCAUCAAUCACAAAGUCAUUCCCAGGCAAUGGUAAAUGCAGAGUCAGAGUCCUUAAUCCACCUUGUCAAGGGUUAUGGGCAGAGCUGCUGCUGAAUAAUGAGUUAUGAGCUCUCUGAGUCAUUUAUGUGUACAUUAGGGGCAGCAGAAACAACAAGACAAACCCACACACUGUGUGUGAGCUGGGUGAGGGGGAGCAGAUACUGCUGACCCCUCAAUGUGUUCAGCAGUUUUGUGUGUGCUGCCGAAACACAUUUCUUUUGGAGAUAAACCUUGGCAGCGUGAACAGAAAAUGCACAGAAAUGUACAGAAAAUGUAAAGCAAGCAGCCUACCAUGAGGUCAUCUCUUCAUUUUGGGCUUAGCAGAGCAGCAAUCAGCACACUGCUCCUUGGGCUUAGAGGAACUUGUAUUUCUUAGGGUUAUCUCCAUCUCCUGCCCACAUUUAAUGAAGUAUAAUCCCAUUAUCUGUACGAUGGGUUCGAGAUUUCAGUGUUGGCCAAAACCACACUUUCCACCUGCAGUGUCUGCAGCAUGUUCAUGUAGCAGCUUCACUGGCUGCUGCCCCUCUUCCUUUGGCAGUGAGUCCCCAAGCAGCUGCAGCCAGAGCCCAACCCCAAYACACAAUCACCACACCCCAGCCUCCCCCUGAUCCACCUCAUACCACAGGGCAGGAGGAGUCUCUGCUGCAAUGGCCUGGCUGCAGUUUUUGACAGGAACCUGAUAAUUUGUCUUAGUUGUCAGGUACUAAAAUCUUGAGAAAAUAAAACAAAGUUCUGUGAGGUGAAAGUCAUCUGGUUUCUGCCAGAUGAAGUCCUGUUCUUGCCUCCUUGCACCCAGCAAUGGAAGAACCCCCCAAAAGGGGAGUGAACCCAGCUCCAAACCUGACAAUUCUCAGGUUACAAGCACAGCUCAUUCAGAAGAUAUCUCUGCAUCCAACRUUAUUAUUAACUACUGAGUGUUAACUGACAGGAUCUGUAGUAGUAAUAUGGCAAAUAUUGACAUUAUGAUGAAAUCUGAACUAGAUUUAUUCUCUAAAUAAAC